AUGGCGACUUCAGUGCUGCAGCCAGAAGACUGCCGAAGGGAUCACGAGCCAAGACCCGAUAUUAUCGAGACACCGAGGUUGACUGACGAUGACCGAAUUUUACUCCUCGAAGCUAAGGAGCGGGAAACUGGGGAACUACCCCCGGAACUAAGAGAAACAGCCAGGAAUGAGCUCAGAGAAGAGCCUGCAUUGAGAGAACAUGCCUUGGCACAAAUGAGACACUUUAUUGAUAAGCAUCCAGCGAUCAAAAAAUGUCGAACAGACACCCCGUUUCUCCUCCGGUUCCUCCGUACCAAGAAGUAUUCGAUACCACAAGCUUGUUCCAUGCUGGAGCGUUACCUUACCAUCAGGCAGAUGUACCCUCAGUGGUUCCAAAAACUAGACCCCCUGGACCCCAAGAUGGCCGCUGUGAUUGACGCAGGAUACUUAGUGCCGCUACCGAAGAGGGAUGCUGAAGGAAGAAGGGUGGUGUUAUCUUGCAUGGGUCGCUUCGACCCACAUGCCUACGACAGCUGUGUGAUGGCACGCGUCCACUCCAUGAUCGUCGAGCUCCUACUGGACGAGCCUCGAUCACAACUUCUGGGCUACACUCACGUGAACGACGAGGCUGGCAUGCAGAUGCCUCAUGUUAGUUUGUGGUCACUCAGUGAUGUGCGGGUUAUGCUUAAUUGUAUACAGAAUUCAACUCCAAUGCGUCACAAACGUACUCACUUCGUGAACAUACCACACUACGGCGUCAAGUUCUUCGAAUUUGCCGUUUCUUUGCUCAGUGAUAAGCUAAAGGAUCGCGUCAUGUUUCAUCGCACCAGUGAUGAUUUAAGUAAGCACGUAGAUCCUGCCAUUCUGCCUAAAGAGUAUGGUGGUACUGUGCCUCUCAGAGAGAUGAUAGAGGAUUUAAAAAGAAACCUACUGAAGCACAGAGAAGCUCUGUUAGCCCUGGAUGAAAUGUGUGUUGAUUUACACGCAUUGGAAAAGAACGACCUAAGUCAAGACAUACAUUCUACUGCAGGGUCUUUCAGGAAACUGGAACUUGAUUAG